CGCGUCAUGUCGUCAAGCUUCAGAGUAGUUCUCCUCCUCCCUUUUUCUCCUCCUCCUCCUCCUCUUUUCAUUCCAUUCCCUCUCACGCCCCACUCACAACCGGUUCCCCUCUCUCCCCGUCAUCGAAUUCCGCCGUCGUGAGCGAGGGCUCUGGAGCGUCGAAUUCUUUCCCGCCUUCAGCGUCCAAUCAGUCCACAACCUUCGCCUCCAAUUUGAUGAAGGUCCUCGACAGUCCCUCUUCAUCCUCCUCGGCUCCCGAACCUUCAGUAUUAUUGCCUUCGUUAUUUCCCCCAGCCGUCUCGUCCACCGCCCCCUCCCCCUCCUCCUCCUCCUCCUCCGGACCACCUGGGGCGAGGAGGACCUGGCCGCCCUCCAUGUCACCUCCACCGCCGUCUACGCCGUCGUCCAUAUUUUCCUCUUCGCCUCCGUCUUCUGUCUGUUGGACUAGCGGCCGAAAGGGGCGGACGAUCUCCCUCACGCCCGAUCACCGCGGGAACCUGUGGCUGCUCACCACGUCGCUCUUCGGAUCUCAGCUUACACCAAAUUCAGUGUGGGUGCUUAACUUCACUUCCAUGACCUGGAAUGCGCCUGGCUAUCUGUCUGAUUAUGUAGAUACAGCAACAGACAGCGGCCUGACAGCUUCCUCUUCCAGCUCCUCUAUUCCAUCUGCAACGAACCCAACUCCGGGAGAUGAAAAACCAGCUGAUUUGCAGUCAUCCUCUGCAUCUCCUCAGCCAGCGGCGUUUUGUUCGUGGUCCAAAGGCUUAAUUACGAUCUAUGCCUCCAACGGAUCGUGCCACAUAUGGUUUCUUCCUUAUAACAAAGGGAGGUGGGUACAACUGAAUGCCUUCGGAGGGUCUGAGCGACCCUCGGAUGUUGUGUCUGUGGAUGCCAGUUGGUGUGGAAAACUUCAAGACUCACUUUGGCUCUUGGCCUCCCAUCGACAAGCGACUCGGGAGGAGGACGAUCUGUCUUCUCAGGAAAAUAAUGGCGUGAAAGGAGGAGGAGGAGGAGGACGUCUGACCAUUCGGCAGACCCUUUGGAAGUUGGACUCUAAAGGCAAGUGGUCUCCUCUAGACGUAAGGUACAACAAAGACCAAUCCCUCCUUCCCUCUCCUAAUACGAGGACGACCUGGAGUGAUAAUCAAGGGGGCCUUUAUCUUUUAUGUGAAAAUGUUCAUAGUGAAAAUAGUGUUCAUAUAGUGAAGUUCGACCAAACUUCAGGCACGAGGACUAUCAUAAACCUGGAAUCAGACCGUCGGGAAACGUUUUGGAUUCCAAACACUACAGGGAGAUUAUACUCUUUAUAUUCAGACCCCGAUGGAAACCGAGUGAUAAAAACGAGUAGUUAUUAUACCGGUAAAGUUAUUAGCAUAGAUAGUUUUGACACACCAAUACGUUCAGAUAUUUUAGUGAGAAUAAAUGGAACCAUAUAUAGCAACAUACCCUUUUGCAAUGUAGACAAAGACGUAGACGUUCCUAGAACAGUGCUCGAGUUGCAUCGGUUUUUCCCGGCAACAGGAUGUUCAAAUAGUACUUCUAUCAUCAACUACGAGUAUAAUGUGCACGAGGAGGUGACCAUGUUACGUGUGUCCAAAAGAAUAGUGCCCGAAACAGAAGUGGGAACCAAUCCUCGCGCGUCUCAUACGAGGGCUGUCUUCGAGGAGGCGCCCUCGGGUGGUGGGGGUCAGGUCGUCGUCGUCAGAGACAGUACUGAAGAGUCGGAGGCGGAGCUGGUAUUCACGGCGAGUACCCCUCCUGACGAGGAUCCUGGCGGGGAAGCCGGCCUGUCUCGCUCGAGCAGCGUCGGGGGAAACACCGUUGUCACCGACAUCAAGGAGGCCUCCGGCAACAGCAGACCAUCGGGAGGACCUCACCAGAGAGAUAGGAAUCAUACCAAUGAUUCUAUUGUUUUCUUCUCUCUCUCCCUCUCCAUAUUCGCUCUUGUGGGCAUCGUCAUCUUUGUGAGGAGAUGUGUCAGGUGCCCCCCUGCAGCAGAGUUGGGCGAAGGGGGAGAGGGGAGAGGGAAGCCGCCCUCCCCACUCCCCGUCUUGUACAGCAUCGUACCCGACGACCCAGCCUACGAGACCAACGUCACCGUAUCCCCGUGUCCUUCCUACAGUGCCAUCUACGAAGUUCCUACACCGGGCGAGGAGACGCCCAAUGCCGCCAUCACGCCCAACGGCGGCACCCCAAACUUCAUGACGCCCAACAUGAAUACCCCGGGGGCCGAAACGCCCUACUCUGUGACCCCAAGUGCAACGACGCCCAUCUCCGCUUCGCCCAACACCAUUGCGAGACACGACCUAAUGUCCUCCAGGGAAUUCUCCGCGGAGGUGACCUACGCCGUCACCAACUCUGCGACAGAUGCCAUCAAUAUAGCCACUAACAAUGCUUUCAGAAAUCAUUACAUCAACACGACGCAGUUUUAGGUAUUUGUUUAUCUCGCGAAUUGCGCGCGCAAUCCAGCAAGCAGUUUUAUAAUAGGAGCAGAUUAGGUUGUUUGAUACGGUGUAGAUAAAAUGCUCGUCAUUGUAGGGUUUUGUAGUCACUUAGUAGUUAUCCAGUUUUUUUUAGGUUCUUCAGUUCAUAAAGCUUCAAAUGAUAAUGAAUCGGCUCUUUCAUUUUUUAAAUUGAAGAGAAAUUAAGGCACUUGACAUACAAUUCCACCUCUUGACCUUCAAACAAAUGAAAACAUACAAACCUUAAAACAUUAUUUUACCAUUUUAAAAUACUGCAUCCCUCUAGAUGUAUAAAACUCAUGUGAAUUUGCAGUGAUAGGUUUUAAUGACUGUUGAUAAGUCUCUCUCUCUCUCUCUCUCUCUCUCUCUCUCUCUCUCUCUCUCUCUCUCUCUCUCUCUCUCUCUCUCUCUCUCUCUCUCUCUCUGACACCCACAGAUAUACUGCGGGCAUACUUACAAUCUAGUACUGUGCUGUGUUGCGUAAUAAUGAGCUCAAAUUUUACUGAAGGCAAGAAUAUUAAUACGUUAGUCUGGUAAAAUUAUAGAUGUAAUGGAAAAUCUGCAAUGUACCGAAUAUCCUUGAGUUCAAUUCGUUUAUUGUUGAUGUAAAGCAAUAUUUUUUUUAUUGCUUCAAUUAGAAAAUAACAAUUAUGCCAUGAGCAGCUACUUAAAGGAAAGUUCUAUCCGAGCUCAGAAAUUUAUUUUUGGCUUAAAUCACGGAUCUUUUUGAUACCCAGUGCUGGAAACUUGACCUUUGUCCACCUCUAUUUAAGAAUGGUUUUGUUCCUUCCCAGUCGUGACCUUUUGGCAUCUUCACUUACUUUUAACAAUUGAUUCAUAGUGCAACGGCUAUGAGGUUUUCCUCCAGUUACACCUUUCAAACCUUUUACUGUCAAUUUCCAUUUCAGCGGUGAAUGACCUCAUAUAGGUCCCAGUGCUUGGCCUUUGGCCUAAAUUCAGUAUUCAGUUCAAAAUAUUAAACAGUAUACUCUUCUCAGUAGAAUCUUUUUCGCAGAUUGGUCGUAAAGGAAUUAUAAAGAGCCUAUGGUACAUUGUUUUAAUUGAUUUUUUUUACGUAUUCAUCUAAAGUUACCCGAGUAAUUCCAAUUUCGUGUUGAAUGUUUUUAAUCUGAUUUUACUCUUAUUCGACUGAUUAUCUUCUGAAACGUUUGAGGGAUACGUGGGAAAAUUUCAUAUCAGUAGGUUUUUUUUUUUUUUGAGACAUACUGUGAUAUUGUAGUGUAAAGACGCAGGUCAAGAUCAAAACAUGACCUUCGAUGAAAUCCUCGCAUUGUAGACAUUCCCAAGUACAUAUUCAUACCUUGAGAUCAUAAGGUAGUGGACCAUUUACAAAGAGGUACAAAGAGGUAAUUGUUUGACAUUCCAUUGAGGUAUUAGAGAUGUGUAUUUCUGGUGAUAAAAGUUCACUCUCGACGUGAUUCGGAAGUCACGUAAAGCCGUUGGUCCCGUUGCAGAAUAACCACUGGUUCUAUGUAACGUAAAAACACCUACAUACAAACCAUAGCGUAAUGACUUAUAGUACUUUUGAAAGCAGAUGGAUUGAGCAGUUGCAAAGUAUAACAUUAAUUUGAUUGUUUUUGAGAAUUAGAAAGGAUGCGAAAGAUCAAGUUUUCAAAAAUGAGAGAGAGAGGCCGUGAGGUAUUAGCGCAGAUCUAAACAAGAUUUCUCUCUUAGUAAAAAUAUUAGAGAAUUUAUUUUUCAAAAUGUAUUGAAUUACUCUCUGAGAUAUAUUCCACAAAUAUUCGCUGUCUAAAUACCAGAAGAAUAAAAUAGAAUGGAGAUUAUAGUGUUACAGGUAUAUGCGUUGAUAUUGCUUUUCGGGUUUAGAAAAGGUUAAAAAAAUGAGAGAGAGAGACUAUGCAGUUUCAUGUUAAUUUUUCAUUCCGCUGCCCUCUUGGUUUAAUUGAGAGGUGGAAUUGGUUCAAUAUUUCAUAUGGUGUAAAAGUAUAUUACAAAUAUGUUCAUAAAAGCCUUUUCCAGCUGAAUUUUUGUUGUUUUUGUCAGAUAUCAGAAGACGAACCUUAUUAUUUCUUUGAUACUACUCUCAGCCUUUAUUACAAGUUAUUUCUUGAUUUCAAUGAUUUUAUAGCCCACCAUAAGCCGGAUAGGCCGGUUUUUCAGCACUGGAAACGAAAACACGAACAGCUUGUUGCACAAUGCAUGACAGUACCAACAUUGUUAGUUGUCAUUGAACUGACUUGGAAAUGGGAAACUUAUCAGUUCUUCGUUUAUUAUUUAAUUUUGAUCCUUACUACUUGUUAUUAAUGUUUGGCCAUUUAGAGUAGACUUCAGAGCAGCAGGUGUCAUGUCUUAGUUCACACUACAGUAGUAUAUUGUUGGGAGAUGUAAAUCACAGGUAACCAUAGUCGUAGACAUCAAAUGCCUUUGGAAUACUGUAAACCUCGAACACAGAAAUUUGCUUGUGUUAGUGCAAAUGACUGAAUGGUGCUGAACUUGAAUUGUAACCAGCUUUGCCUCUCUUCAUCUAACUCACCAUUCAUGGUUAGCAACCUCAUCUCGAAAGCCAUCGUCUUCAAUGAAUUAUGGUACCUUCUUCAUUGCUAUGAAAUGCCUUUUUUAGAGGUUAUUAGAGAAGUAUUAGUGAUGCGUUAAAGGUCUUCAGAAUAUAUGCAAUUAAGGAAAGCAAUUGCCUUAAUAACUUGCCGCCGACUUUACCAAGAAAUAAAUUGUCUUGUGAUUCUUGAAAUGUGGCUUAUAAAUAAAGCUGGAAUAAAUAACUUUGUUUGUAGUAGACUAUCACUGUCACCAGUCCAAUAAGGAAUUUAGGGUAAAUAUAAAACACUCGAAGAUUGAAUUUUUCUCAUAACACUGUCAGGGAGAUUGUCAUACGCUUAGAUUUUUGAAAUUUCAUGGUGUUGUGAUAGUGUUUAUAGGUAAUGCGUAAUCGGUUCUCCUUGCCUAUGUUGCCAGACAAUAUUUUUUGUUGUCUUGAAUUUUUUUGUAGCUGAUUUGUUAUUAGAGAAUGAAAUUUCUUUCCAAACAUUUGUAGAAGUUCUGCAGAUUGUGAAGAAAUUAUGACUGAAUUAUGAAAUCACUGGUAUAACCUUGUAACUCCUAAGUAUAGUGGCUGUAAAGUCUGUUCAUUGCUACAUUCUGGCAAUAUUUUAUCUGCAUUCCGUGUAAAUAAUAUAGGGACUAUGCCCAUGAUAAAUACCCUUAUUAGUAUAACAAAUGAUUGUUGUAUACGUAAAUACCAUGUAUUCUUGAACAUCAUGUACCAUAUUGUCACAAGUAGGUUUUUGUAUUGUACAUUGUUAAUUUUAGAUGCUUCUUUAAUGAGUGUUUUGUUGAGUGUAUAUAUUAUAAAGUGUCAUUCAAGUUCUAAACAGUUUGUCUCUGGCAGAAGCCAGCUGAUGUAUUGAAGACUGGUAGGACUUACCGUUUGAGUAAUAAAGGACAAGGAUUUAGCCAAUAGGUUCUGAAAAUUUUGUUGCUGUAAAUGCCAAAGAAUAAUUUAAACAUAUCUUCAGAGAUUGAGCAUUAUCUUGUCAAGAAAUCAUUUCUGAGUAACUAACAUUUUGAUAGUUGCAGUUCAUCUUGAGUGAGUUUGUUUGUAUGGUGUUUUCGAUUUCAUUGAUGCAAAACAAUGCUCAUGUUGAUUUUCUGUAGGUGCUUAGAAGACAGUCUGAGACAGACAUUUUUACAAAGCAGUUUAAAGCCUGUACUAGCCACAGUGAGUGCUGAAAUUAGUCUAUACCAGGUACUGAACAAAGUUCUAUAUACUGUAUGUGACUUAACCUGAUGUGUUUCUAGUCUAAGUGAUUUGUGAAGAGUUUUGUCCAACCAAUUGCCAUGCUUUAGAAUUACUUGUACAUCAAAGGACCAAGAGGAGACAAUAGAUUAGCUAGUGUUCAAUAUUUGGAAAUGUCCGUGGUGGAUGAAUUAGUUUUACUAGAAACCUCAAACUAUGGAAAGUAUUUUAGAAUUUUUAUAAGACGUUGAAGCCUUACUUUCUGCAGUAGUACAAUCCAUAGUUGUUGUCGAGUAUUGAUGCCUUUUUUCUUGAGCACUUUCAUGCUCACUUGACAUUGCGUUCAUUGAGAGAGUAUGGUUGCACUCGUUCACAGCCAGCCAUCACAGAAAACAGUACAUUGAGAAACCGUAGGAUUGCAAAAACAUCUCUCCAAGGAGGUAAACUUGUCUCUGUUUUAUAGGAUGCUUCACAGAGGCCUGUAGUGCGAGUCUAGACUCGGCUGGUGUCUUGUCUAGCUCGUCAUCCUUUGAAGCAACGAGCACGAGUCAUGAAUCAUUUCAUACAAGGUCCUAUUAACCAAGUUGUCAGGAAUUUUCAACAAAGUCCUGUACUCCGAAACACAAGCUUUGAAUAUUCUCAAUGAAGUAUCACAAGAUGCUCACAAGGUGCUGAUAAAACACAAUAAAUGCUACUGAUAAAAAUCCCACAACCGCCCACCACCUGUGCGUCAUUAUUUUAUAUCACAAGGUUUAGUUUCAGACUUUCCCUUCAGAUCGUCCAUCGUGUGUAGAUUGUAAAAUAAACUGUGAAUGUAAGAAAUGAAGAUCAUUGAGGUAAAUUUUAAAGAAUGUCUGAAAAGCUUUCUUGUAUGAAAAAGAUCCCAGGUUUUUAAAUGAUUAACAUAAAUUCGUGCAUUAUCCGUAGAAGGGGUUAAGAUUACUGUUUAUAGAGAUUUUUGUGCAAAGUUUUUUUUAAACAUUUUCAGUAAUAGUGCUUUAUAACUUGUUCUUGAAGGGAAGCAGCAUCUUUGGGACUGAAGUUAUCUGAAAAAAUAUCUGAAAAAAAAGAUAGUAUGGCACAGCAACAGUGGCUUGUGGUAUAUUCUAUAUUGUGGUAUAUUGUAUCUUGUGUUAUAUUCUAUCUUGUGGUAUAUUCUAUCUUGUGUUAUAGUCUAUCUUGUGAUGUAUUCUAUCUUGUGGUAUAUUCUAUCUUGUGGUAUACUCUAUCUUGUGUUGAGCAACUCACUGUUUAUAAAAGAGGCGAAAGAUACACUCCACGUCAGUUAUCAGUGAGAAUCUUUUGACAUUUCGUGGAUGCCUCCUCCGCCAUGUGGCACUUAUCAGUGCUGCGAUGUUUGUGACACUGAUGCUCUGUUAACGUUUUUGUUACAUAUCUCCAAACAUUAUUCAAGAGUAAUGCAAGUCACGUCUUAGCAAGCAACCUGCCCACUUAUAUUUGUUUACUUUCUGUUUUUGAGAUUCAUACGACUAUGCACAUUUGGUUACUUGUGAAAGGAAGUAAGGAAAU